AUGGCACCUUACGAGGCUUUGUAUGGUUGUAAGUGUCGUACUCCUCUAUGUUGGACUAAGUUAGGUAAGCGUCGGGUUUUGGGUCCCGAGUUAGUUUCUAAGAUUGAAAAUACUGUUAAACUAAUUCGAUACCGUCUAAAGGUAACUUCUGACUGGCAGAAGUCGUAUGCAGAUUUAAAGAGAAAAGAUAUUGAAUAUUCUAUAGGUGAUCAGGUGUUUUUGAAAGUGUCUCCAUGGAAAAAGAUUCUCCGGUUGAGACAUAAGGGUAAGUUAAGCCCGAGGUUCAUCGGACCUUACCAUUUUCUGAAACGUGUAGGAUCUAUCGCCUAUCAGUUAGAGUUACCUCCUGAUUUAGAACAGAUUCAUGAUGUAUUCCAUGUCUCCAUGUUGAGACGAUACCAGUCUAACCCCUCUCAUAUUGUCCCUGUUGAGGAGAUUGAGGCAAGAUUGGAUUUCACGUUUGAGGAGGAACCUAUUCAAAUUAUAGACCGAGACGAAAAGGUCUUAAAGAGGAAAACCGUACCUCUGGUUAAGGUUCUGUGGCGGAAUCAUGGCACUGAAGAAGCCACUUAG